AUGUCCUCCAAUACUUUGGCAAAGAAGAACAAGGGGAAGAAAGCAACUGAUCCCAAUGAGACGUCCAAGUUGCUUGCCGCCAAGAUCUCGCAACUGGAGCAAGAUGCCGCCGGCGAGAAGGACCAGGAAGCUGAAAUUGAGCGCGAAGUCAAGAAAGCAACCCGAGACCUCAAUCAGCUUCUCAACGGUAUUGAGUCCCCGAUGACUCGUCUGGAGACCGUUCAUAAGAAAUACACCGAGUUACUGGCCGAUAUGAAGAAGCUUGAUCGCGACUACUCCAAAAGCAAGAAGCGUGCGGAUCAACUCCAAAAGGAUCAGGAGAAAGGAAAGUCUGAAUUGAACAAAACUGUCACUAUGAAGGACAAAUUGGAGAAGCUGUGUCGCGAGUUAACUAAGGAAAACAAAAAGGUCAAGGUAGAAUUUGUCCUCCGAAUGAUCAAACUGCACAAAACUCAUGCAUCAGCACAGGACGAAAAUAAAAAACUUGACGACACAGAAAAGAAAGCCCGUCUUACUGUCAACGAAAGAAUCGAUUCCCUCCUCUACGAUAUUCAAGACGUCAUGGCUGCGAAGGGCAAUCCCCGCAUCGAGAAAGUUGAUGUUGACCUCGAAGAGGCGUUUCGCGUUAAGCUCAAGACCCUCAAUGAUCAAUUCGAAUUGCGCGAGCUGCAGUUCAAGAGUCUCUACCGCCACAAAGAAUUGGAGAAUCAGAUUCUCAUGGUCCGUUACGAAGAACAGCGCCGGAUCGCCGAAAGCGAGACUGCUCGAGGUCGCGCCCUAAGCGCCCAGGUUUCCACAUUCUCCCAUACCGAAGCAGAGCUGCGCAGCCAGCUCAAUAUCUAUGUGGAAAAAUUCAAACAGGUAUCAAAAAACCCCAAGGAGAACUUUACCAUAAUACCCGAUUUGACAAACCACCAGGUCGAAGACACUCUGAAUAACAGUAACGAACUGUUCCUCACCUUUCGCAAAGAAAUGGAAGAAAUGUCCAAGAAAACUAAACGUCUCGAAAAGGAAAAUCAUACCCUGAACCGCAAGCACGAACAAACGAACCGCAACAUUCUCGAAAUGGCGGAGGAACGAACCCGCGAUCAGGAGGAAAUCAAAGGAUGGCAGCACAAGUGUCGCCACCUCGAGGCUCUGUGUCGCGGUAUGCAGGCCCAAGGUCGUGGAGCAGCCAACUUGGCCGAUGAUGUGGAUGAAAGCCACGAUGAUGAGAAUACCGAGAGUGAAUACUACGACGAGGAAGACCUAAGCGAUGAAGGCGGAUUGGAGGUUCCCGAAUCCAUUGCCCAGAAGCCUGUGUUUGGACCCCCUCCUCCUCCCAAUCUGCUAGAGGCUCGCAAAGGUCACCAUAUCAAUGGUUGUGUUUGCCCGACCUAG